GACACUUUUAACAGCAGACAGUUAAGGUUAGGGUUAGAAAACAUACAUGUGGGAUUAAUAACACUGAUGAAGGCUGUAUUAGAUGAGCUUUCCUGACAUGUCUUACUGGGACACUUCAUGGAAUAGAGGCAUCGUUAACGUUAUUAUAUGUUACUGUACUUUUCCUGCUUUGACAAGUCAAAAUGUCUGCCGUGAAAAGGGUCUAUUCUUGGCCUGAUACAGGCCUGUGCUAGGAGUCAGAGCAUUUCAAGCCUUAAAGGAAAAUUCUGGUAUUUUUUCAACCCGGGUCUUCUUCUCAUAUCUGUUACGACUGCGGUCAUCCAGCUACUGCAGCAACUCCACUGUUCAGGGAAACAGGUCCCGACCUCUCAUAAAGAAACUCCAUUAUUUAAAGGAACAUAUGUCAUUGAUUUUUCUGUAUAGAAGCAUGUUAUUUUAUUGUAGUAUUGCAUUAACACUAUAGGCUAUCUACAUGAGGGUGCAUAAAGUCUUUAAGUUGGUCAUCAUUAACAAAUAAAAGAAGGCAAGAAAUGUGUAAAGAGUUAAUUGGAUUUCAUCUUGUUACAAAUUAAUUUUAGAAAAGUUUGAGGUUUAUUUCCUAAAAAGAUAUUUAUAAUUAACAUUUAUGUUAUUUUGGAUUAAUUUGAUGACAUAAUAACAACUAUAGCUUAAUAAAGACAUUAACGGACUUUUUUGUUAAGCCUUUCAUGAAUCAAAUGGAAAAUGAAAAUAAAAUGGUGUUGAUGAUCCAACCUGUCAACUGUCUAUUACAAACACGUGAAAAACUGCUUUAUUUCAGUGGAAAUCUCUCAAAACACCCUGCGACAUGGAAAAUGUGACGAUGUUUUGAUUUAUUUUGUGACUUAAUAAGAACAAAUCGUUAUUUUGUCAUCGAACAAGUUUUAACUUCAGAAAAAAAGGUGUCAAACAAUGUUUUUUUUAGGACGGACUAUAAGACAAAGAGGAGUCAUUUAGCGGGGGAAAAACAGUCGUAAUUAAUAAAUCUUCUUAAAAAUUACAUUUAAAGAAUCAUCUGAUCGGAAAUAUAUUAAAUUAUAGCGCAAUGUUCAAUUUAUAGUUAAAUUACGAGGUGAAUUUACUGUACAAAACACAAAAUAUUUGAAUUAUUGAUGCUUUGUCAAAAUUAAAGAACUAUAGUUAAAUCAUUGGCCUAAUUAAUGAGGGGAUUCAAGCAAUUGAUUUGUCUUUAGUUUUAAUUCCCUCUUCUUGCAGCUCACUUCACUAACUCAUCAUAAAAAAACAUCUGGCUAUAAAAACAGAAUAUCAUAAUAACAUUAAUUAUUCAUGUGAGCAGAUCAUACUUUAACGAAAAUGCGCAAAAAAUAUUCCCACUGGAGAGUUUGUGGCAUUUAAUUGUAAAUGUAUAGUUUGUUGCUUUUAUUUAUGUUUAUGUUUUUUUUAAAAUGCACUGUAAUGUGUAUAUUUUUAUAUUUUAGUCUUUAGUCCUUCUAAAGCAAUCAUAGUCCUUUUUUUUUUUUUGCAGAGGGCAGCGUGUGUAAUUUGUGUUACUCUCUGAUGAGGGGAUGGCUCCUCUCAUAUCCGGAGCCUAUCACGUCCUGCCUCUGCAUCAGACACACCUCCACAAUAUGACCACUUUACAAAAUGUAUAUAUCAUAGGUUAGAAAACUGAGCAUGUGUUUGAGUCACUUGUAGCGACUCCACGCGUCAAAAAAGACAAGACAAUCACCCACUCGGGCAAAAAAAAAGUUUAUAUAUAAAUAGUCUAAUGAGUCCGUGUGAGGUUUUAAAUUAUAGGCUGUGAGCGACCGAGACGAGUAUUGUAAAGUUUGUGGCAUGUCAGUGCGCUGUGAGUAAUAAGUGAGGAUAACAAUCCAGACUGUGCUGUUUUGUGAUUUUUUAUUUUUUUUUUUUAUUGUACAUGCUCUUACUCAACUGGACGCUGGAGUGGAGCCUUAUGACAUUACGCACAGACCGGGAGCGGGGCUGCAAAUGGGCGGCAUAGGUGGCAACCUCUACCUCAGCAUGUUGAAUGGGACUGAAACGCAAACUUUCGGAAAGAACACCGACAUCAGCAGUCACCUCCACCGCGGCGGCAAGGAUCUAGCCGAGUUUAAAAUGGGGAUUCAGGACGCGAGGUUUUACUACCCAGACUCUGUUCAAAGCGGGCAGGACCCUCUGGCUCUGCCGUACCACUCGGACCAGGCGAUGGGAGGGUACGGAGCGCAGCCCGGCAGGUUUUACGCACAGACCCUCAGCAGUUGCCCGUACGGCGGCGUGCGGUCGCCUCCAAGAAGUGGAGCCGGGCAGGGUUACAUCCCGACGGCAGGAGACGGGUUUCCUGCAGGCAGUAAAGACUUGUACUCUCCUGCUCCGGAGAAUUACCCUGCGAGCUUUCAGCACGGCUACCAGCGGCCGCCUCUCUACCCUUUACCUGGGCUACAGGUGUGCGGGAAGACUCAGGCUCUGCUCAAUAACUACCCGCUAUGGGCCAAGUUCCACAAGUUCCAAACCGAGAUGAUAAUCACCAAACAGGGGAGGAGGAUGUUCCCCUUCCUGAGCUUCAACAUCAGUGUUCUGGAUCCGUCUGCCCACUAUAACGUCUACGUGGACGUGGUCCUGGCUGAUCAGCACCACUGGAGGUACCAGGGCGGCAAGUGGGUCCAGUGUGGGAAAGCGGAGGGUAACAUGCCAGGCAACAGGAUGUACAUGCAUCCCGACUCCCCAAACACAGGAGCUCACUGGAUGAGACAAGAAGUGUCUUUCAGCAAACUCAAGCUCACCAACAACAAGGGGAGCACCAAUAACGUGGCACAGAUGAUCGUGCUCCAGUCGCUCCAUAAGUACCAGCCUCGUCUUCACAUCGUGGAGGUUAAAGAGGACGGCACUGAGGAUCCCUUCCUUUCAUCCAAAACUCAGACGUUCAUCUUCCCGGAGACUCAGUUCAUCGCUGUCACUGCUUAUCAGAACGCUGAUAUCACUCAGCUGAAAAUAGACCAUAACCCCUUCGCUAAAGGUUUCCGCGACAAUUACGACACGCUGUACGCUCCUCCCGACUCUGAUCGCCUCACCCCCUCCCCCACAGAGAGCCAGCAGCUGCUGCCAGGGAGCUGCUACCCCCAAGGCUACCUCCCAGAGCAGUACAUGAGCCCCCUGCCCCAGAGCCGCUUCUACGGCCGCGAGCCUAUCGGUAUGGGCCAGCAGCACAAGGACCCGUCCUCCAGCCCUGGUCCCCACAGCCGCUGGUACCUUCCCCCUCAGCAGGGCGUGGCCCCCAACCGGCUUGACUUCACUUCCUCCUAUGAGGGUGACUUCUCCGGAAACGGCUUCUACAAGCCCUUCCCAUUGCAGACAUCCGCUCACCAUGCCCUCAGCUACUACCCAGACCAUCCCUUUGCAUCUACUAGCGUGUCUGUAUCAGGAGCCACCUCAGCGGGCUGGACCACCAGCCGACCCACCCCUCAGUACCUCAGCCACCCGAGUAAGCCUGGCCCCAGUCUGGGCUGGUUUAGACCCAUGUCGUCCUCUUCGUCCUCAUCAUCUUCUUCCACGUCACCUGGCAACCCCAGGCUGCACCCUCCCUCGCUCCUAGAGCCUCUGCAGCCGCCCCUGCUGCAGGACAAACCCAAAGACACUGUGGAGGUGGCGGGAGACGACCCCUGGCUCGAACCUCCCUCUGUGAAAUCAGCGGCCUCGGCUGACUCAGGCCUGUAUGAGGGCGGCGUGGGGGACAACAAGAAGAGGAGGGUGUCGCCUUACACAUCUAGCACGGAAAACUCCCCGCCUCCGCGCAGUGGUGAGGUCUGCGAGAAGGACAGCAACAGUGAUGCAGACUACUAUGGCUAUUACACCCACUGAAGACCUCACACAUCGCCACAGCGUCUCCCGGCGUCUUCCCACACGGCCCACAUGGACACGGUCCAGCCAGGUGGAACAGUCUCCGUUUUUGCUGCAGCCUCAUCUACUGUCACGUCAGUCCACACAGUCCAUAAAGUCUCCUCUCAAAGUGUCAACUGAUUACAGGAGGAACUUUCAAGGUUACUGUCAAAGUUAGUGUUGAACAGAAGUGGAUGUGACUGGGACAGUGCCCUAGAGUCACAUAAACACCAAACAGACAAAGAGACCUGUGACUUAAGCCUUUGAAACAUCUGGAGAUUUGGGGGGGGAAAAAAUGAUCUGCAUAUCUGCUUGCUGACAGACGCCUGCAGGGAUUGUCUGUUCUUACUGCAUCAAACACUCUCUCUGUCUCUUUGGCUCUGUCUUGUCUCCGUCUUCGUCUCUUCCUUCUCACCCUCAGCCAUUCACACUUAGUCUCACAAUAUGCUCACGUUCAUUUCCCCUGAUAAUUCUGAGAAGAAAUUACAUUUCACACACCGCAUUCUCACCAAUCCGGGCCAAUACAUUUAGUGUAGCUCCCACUGGUGGCGGCAGAGGAGCAUUGCAGGCUGUCUGAGUGCGGAGGCCAGAGUGAAGUAAUGUCAGGAGGUUAAGAUGGCUUAGCAAGCACAUGUUCUGGAGUAAUCUAACUAAACCCAGCUAGGACAACCUUUUCUGUUUGUGUGUUUGAGUAAAACAGCAACCACAGCAGAAAUAGAAAGUCCUUACAGCUGUAGACAACAUAUCUCACUGUCGUAAAGAGAGAUUGAUGGAAUUAACACAGAAAAGCUUUCAGUCAUGUUACUAAGAAUUUUGAUAUGAGAUUACAAUUUGCACUUGUAGGGUAAAGCCACAUCAUCAAAUCUUUAUAUGUUUGCAAUGUAGUGUGAUUAGAUCUUUGCACUACAUGACUAAAAUACAGAGUUAACAUGUAGGUUAAUUUGAUAAAAAUUGAAAUGUUUUUUGGUCUCUGAUGAUCCACACAUAUUCAUAACCUCACUAACACUUAACUAAAGUACUAAAACAGAAUUGUAUGAUUUGAGACACAACGAUUAGACAAAAAAAAACUUUAGACUAGUUUUAGUAAUUUUUUCAGCAUUUCACAUGUGAGGAUUUGUUGCCUUUAUUUGUUAUACAUGUUAGUAAAAUGAAUAUGCAACAUUUGAUCAUCAGCAGAUUAAUCCAUAAUCAAAAUUCUCAACAUUUCCAGCCUCUAGUGGCCCUCUUCAGUGGAUGGAGUUUAGUUGUCAUGGCGAUGACGUGGUUGUUAUCAGGUGACCUAACAGUGUGGAACUUGGUCAUACAUGGGGUGAGAUGCUGUCUUUGUUCAAAGAUGGCUUCUGGUAUCAAGAUGUGAAUCUUUCUCCGACUGCACACUGACUCCUGGUCGAUGACCUUUGACCUCUCCACAGCAGAGUUAGUGUUGGAAAGAACCAGUUUGUGCAACGUGCUGUCCGACCUCGUCAGAAAUGGAAAACUGUUCACACACACUGAAAGGUGAUCGUCGUAAAGAGGGAAAAGAAAGGUUUAAAUAUAAGAAUAAGGGCACACGUUUUUAAACAGUUUUUCCUGGAACACUCAAAGUGUUCAUAUGAAAAGUGACAACAACAAAAAAAAAGUUGUGACAAGAUUUUAAAAAAAGAAGAGAGCGCUAGAGAGAGAUCACAGCUGGGUAAUCACAGUGUGCGGUGGGUGUGAAUGUCAGGUUGUCGGUUUUAGGAAAGUUGCAGAAUCUGUCAGACGCCCCCCCCCCCCCUUCAUCCACCACUGGAAAUGUGUGGGGGUUUUCCAAAGUUGUUCGACCAUCCGACAUGCAGUUCUGAUAAAGCAGAGGUGAGACCAAGUCAUAGUAAGCCUUUGCACUCUGGUCCGAAGUCCUAAAGUUUGAGUUUUAAGUCCUAAACAAGCCAUAAUUUGUUCUGUAACACACAUUGCAAUUUUUAAAAAUUUUUGUCAAGUUUAAAGUCAGCAAAUUUGUGUUUAGAGUCCAAGUCAUGUGACUCGUACUUGAGAUGUCACCCGUUGAUAAAUAUGGGGAUAUUCAGUAUGUGUCUUGAAGUGGAUGCAGAGCAAUGUGUGUUAAAAACAUUCAUUAGUCACACCAGUUUGUCACUGGAAAAUGCUGUUUAAGAUAAAGCUCAUCUCCUCCUACUGCGUUGGCUUUCAGGAAAUUUAAAGACGUGAAUAAGUGAUAUAAAUUAUUUGUACACUUUAGCACCAGACGUGAACAAGGUCAGCUGGAAACCACCUGCUUUGAUAGAGUGAAAAAGGCCUCAUUAUAAUGAAGGCCCAGCCCCUUGCUACAAUCAGUCGAUGUGAAAACGCUCCUGUCACCACACACAAAUAAAGCCUGCGAUCAAUACCAGCAUCGAUAACGACGUAACUGGAAAACAGUAUUGGCAGAGGGAAGAGUGACAGCUUAAAACAUGUUGACCACAUUACAGUAUUCAGAUUAGACUACAUUCAAUGAAAGUCAAUUUCCCACUGUGGCUUUAGCUCUGCAACAUCUUAAUCUUGUUUGAUUCAAUUACAGAAAAGACGUAUGGGACUCCCUAAUUCUGCAUCCUUCUUUUGCUGUGGGCUCUGCAGGUUUUCCCAAACACUUCCCGUACAGUAGCAGCAGAGCAACUGACAACAGACGUGUACAAAGUGGGUCAUUCAGAGCGGCUACACACGCACCUGCAGGUAAAAACAGACGAGGCACUGUCACGAUAAACAGGAAGCACAAAGUGACCAGACAGACACAGAAUUUCCCCCCUAGUCUUCGGGCCUAUCAUGUUGUGACAGUGGUUGACAGAGGCCCGGCUCCCGGCCUGGUGACAGAAAUGAAGAGUGAGGCUGCAGUCGGCGCUGAUCAGAGGUCUGCUCCUCAUUCCUCACCAGGUGUGCUAAUGGCCUCAGACAACCCUGGGGGCGACAGACAGGCUCAGUGCAGUGCAGGGUCACUUAAGUCUUUUCUGAGGGAGAGAUAAAAUUACUUACAUUUUUUAAUUUUAUUUUAUAAAUUUGUACUCUCAAAGAGGCCAAAAUGAGCUGAUGAAAACAGCACCAGCUCUCUAUACUGUAUAUACUAAUGUAUAUUUACUAUGCUAUGAGUUUUAAGCUAUUAAAGUGCAAAUAACAAGACGUCAUUGAUAUUGAUGAGGAGACUGCUGUCAUCUAAAGCGAAGAGACCGUUAGCGUAGCUUAGCAUAAAGACUUGAAGCAGGGGGAAAUGGCUAGCCAAGCUUGUGAACAAAUACUCCUGCACAUAAAACUUCAUAAAAGCACAAAUUGUUGUUUUUACACUUCAGUUUUUGUACAGAUUCAACAAACAGGAUAUAAUGUGUUAAUUUAUGAGCUUUGAGGUGCUGGUAAGCAGGUUUUGACGCCCUUGGACAGAGCCAGGGCUACGGCCCUGUUUGCCUUAUUAAGGUUUCACAUGUCGACACAAAAUUGAAGCUCUUUUAUGAGCUAAUUGGAUUUUAUACAAGCGCUGAACUUAAAGACAAUCACAAACAUGAUGCAUAUAAAUGUAAAAUCUCUUUUUUUCAGCACUUGACAAAAUGGUCUUAAUGAUGUUGAUGCAAAGGGACAAACUGUCUAACAGCUCAGUCCUUUACCUGAACAUUUAAAUAAUAAAGUGUUAAUGAAGUGUUAAUUUUAUGCAGAAUGGAUAUAUCGUAUGGUUAACUGAUGAAAAAAGUAUGUAUGUUGCUCGUGUAACAUUUCCAAAAGAUGUAUUAUUUAAUGUUCACUUUGACAUCUGUCAGAGGAAAAAGAGUUAUGAUUCUUAAUGUACCUUAAUGAAGGUGUACAAUGGACAAUUCUGGUUUCAAGUGCAAUUACUAGAUGGUAAAUCAGUUUAUAAUUAAUGAUGGCAUUGCAAAAACAAUGAUGACAAAGUUUUAUGUGGCCUGUGGACGAUGUCAGUUAUUUAUUUUAUGUGCUGUGGUUUGUUACGUGGUCCGCUCAGUGAUCCUGCGCCUGCAUGGGGGCAAAGAUCUCACGUUAAACAGCAGCAGAAAAAUGAUUUCAGACACCUCAGGAACGACCCCUGCUGGAUAUCUCAGCCAUUGCAAUCAGCCAAUCCCUGAUGUUAAACCUCUAAUACCUCCAUUUCCCAUGAGUCUGUGUUUCCCUUGAAUGCACAUUUCCCCUCAGUAAGAGAAUAAGAGUGUUGGGAGAACUGUUAUUUCCAGAGAUUUCACUGUAUGAUAUAGAAAAUAGAGGAGUGAAGAAGGGAGACCAGACAAGGUCAAGCAACAAGCAUGUUAUUUUUUGCGUGUGAUCCAUGUGCACUGUUUAUGUCGAAGGAGCGGCAACAGCUCCUUUGGACUCUUUCAUUAAGAGCUUAUAAAUUGCAAUUCAUAAACAAAUGAGAGAUGAAGAUUUCUGAAGGGGGGAAAACUGUUAUUUAUUAAAGGUGGCAUAAUUGUGUAUUGUAUUGUUGUUUUUUUAUUCAUGAAAUUAAAGCUUACAAAUGAUUAAAUCUG